AUGACCUUGCAAAUUCAUAUUAUCACUCUAACCAGGAUAGGUAAGAAGGCAUUUGUUGGUUUGGAAUCUUUGUACAAGCUGGACCUGAGGUUCAACCACUUAUUUUCGCUAGACGAGAGAACAUUUAGAGGACUAACGAGUCACAAUCUAGCAAGCAGCCAGCAAAAUAACAUUGCGAGUCCUAGGCAGAUGCAAGUUUCCAUCAGCAACAAUCCCUGGCUAUGUAACUGUCUCCUAGCCUGGAUCAAAAGGUCAAUCCUCCAAUCGCAGAACGGUAAGUUACUGUCAGACCUGACAUCUGGCGAACAAAGAAAAAAAAGAAAAAAUUUCUUCGAUGAAAGGUAUCCAAUCGGUUAUAACGCUGAUAACAACGACGUCACAAGCCACAAUUUGUACUACCACAACAAACAUGACGUCAAGUUUAACAACAUCCUGGACAUAUUCGCCGACAUCCCCAUCUGCCACAGACCCUCGCUUAUAAAGGGUCUUCCUCUCUCCAAGGUCAACGAUAAUGACCUUCACUGCAAUCACGAUUACUACUACUAUGCGGACGAUGACGAUGUGGGCGCUACCACAGCAACCACCACUACCGCUAAAAUGGGCUUGAGUAGAGUUUCCAAUAACAGUUUAACGAAAUAA